AUGGGUCCCAUCCGGGACCAAGAGCGUGAUUCAGCUAUUGGCCGUGGUGAUGAGCCGAACACACCAUAUCAUACUUGGAGAGCCCUAGAACUUAUGUGCAGCGAGGGGUAUUUUGAAAAGAGAAUUUACUUCUAUGGUUUUCAGACCAUACACGGAGAAAAAGCCAUCCAAGAGGCACUCGAUAAGAAGCUGCCAGUGAUGUGCUGCAUAGCAGCCUAUGAAUCACUUGCGUCUUACAAAGGGGGUAUCUUGGACACCCAAGAAUUCUAUGGAAGGACAUGCCUGACACGCGAGGAAGAUGUUUGGAGCUGGUGUUAUAAUUGUGGAUACGAUGAGGGAUUCCACGUGAUGUGCCUAACUGGCCAUGGAAUAUUUAAGGAAAAAUAA